AUGAGCAUGAGCAUGAGCAUGAGCAUGAGCAUGAGCAUGAGCAUGAGCAUGAGCAUGAGCAUGAGCUUAAGCAUGAGCAUGAGCAUGAGCAUGAGCAUGAGCAUGAGCAUGAGCAUGAGCAUGAGCAUGAGCAUGAGCAUGAGCAUGAGCAUGAGCAUGAGCAUGAGCAUGAGCAUGAGCAUGAGCAUUAGCAUUAGCAUUGGCAUGAGCAUGAGCAUGAGCAUUAGCAUGAGCAUGAGCAUGAGCAUGAGCAUGAGCAUGAGCAUGAGCAUGAACUUAAGCAUGAGCAUGAGCAUGAGCAUGAGCAUGAGCAUGAGCAUGAGCAUGAGCAUGAGCAUUAGCAAUAUGGAGAAAUGA